AUGGCGAAUACCAACACCGUCUGCUCGAUGUGCGGCGACAUCGGCUUCCCAGAGAAGCUCUUCCAAUGCAUCCGAUGCUGUUCCCGCUUCCAGCACUCCUACUGCACCAACUACUAUGGUGAGAGGACCACUAGGUUGUGCGACUGGUGCCUGAGCGAAGAAAAACACAGGCUCCAAUAUUCCAAGAAGUCGGCAGGUGCCGGCGGUGAUAGGGUCAAAGAGAACGAAGACCGGCAGGAGACCAGGAGCCGGGGCAAGAGCAGUGCUUCUUCUUCGAAGCCGGCUGGCCGUAGGUACAAGCUACUCAAAGAUGUGCUAUCUUGA